AUGAUCUCGUCUUUGGAGACAUCUUCAUCACUUUCGAAGCUGUUCGAUACUGAUUUUGAAAUGCAUCGUCAGUCAUUGUCAUUUGCUGGCAUAUCAUUAACAAAGGACAAAGGAAUAUUGGCAAUUAUUGGCAUAAUUUUUGUUUGUAGAUGCACUAUCGCUUCAAUUAUUGAUUAAUGUUCACCUACAAUACACGAGAAUAUAAUGAAGGCCAUGUUAGUCAUGAUUAUAUUAUUUUUGUACUUGGUACACAAAUAUUUUGGAUCAUAUAAGAAAUUCAUUCAUAUUCUAGCGGUCCCAUUCAUAUUGGCUGUUGUUGUUAAAAAGCAUUUUGAUGUAGAGGCAAGUACUUUCCAUUUAGGAGAAUGCUUUUGUACCUUUCUCCUGAUAACUGUGUUUUCUAGUCUAAACAGUCCCCUUUAAUACUAUACUGUUCAAUUAAUUAAUAUCUUGUGCAUAGGCACCUUCUAUGUGACUAUGAUAGUUAGAUACGGGAUACAUUAGAUUGGAUUUGAAUUCUACUACAACAUGACUCUCUCACUUGCACUAAUAGCUUUCAUUCAUAGAUAAAAAGAUUCUUUAUUAAAAUCUAAUUUCAUUAAUACUUCCUUAUCCUAAAUGAGGGAAAGAAAAUGGAAAAGCAUCCUGUCUUAACUUACUGAGGGAGUAUUAAUUCUAGAAAAGAGAGAGAAGUAUGAUUAAAUAAGAGUAUUUUUUAGUAAUGCUUCACUUAGCUAAAUAGCCUAAAUUCAACCAAGAAAUCAAGGAUUAAGUAAAGAAUUCUUAGAGCAAAAUUAUAUUCUAGAAAAUCAAGGAUCAUCCUCUAAGAAGAAAUAAGCAGGUAGAAAAUUUUCUGAUUAGAGUAAUGGCUCAAUUGAAUAUAAACUUGAUUAAAUAUUUCAAGAUGUUCAUUUUUAGUAUGCUUUUAACUCUCCUGUCAUAAAAGAAGGUAUUAAGCAUAGAUCCUCUUUGAAAUUAUAAGAUCAUCUCAUUCAAUUAUAUGAGGAGUUCUCAGACUCACCAACAGGUACAUAAUUCAAAGAAUUCAUUAAAAUUAGUAGUUCAAGAAGAGUACUAGAGUUAUAAAUCUAAAAAAUAGAAGAUGACAAAGAAUAAGUAUUGUUCUUAUUCAAAGAGGUCUCAUCUUAUAAAAGAUUGUAAUUUACUAAGACAAAAGAAAAAUUUACUAACCUAUUUUUGAAUACUACUGCUCACAAUCUUUUUACUCCGAUAAAUGGUAUGAUUGGUGUUUCUUAGAUGCUUGAGAAAGAGAUAGAAACUAACUAAUAAGCAUUAAAAUACAUCUCUAUGAUUAACAAUUGUUUAUCAGGAUUGGUAUUUACUGUCCAUAACAUAAUGGAACUUUCUAAAAUCAGAUUAAAUAAUUUUAAGACAGUUCCUAAGUAUAUUAACAUUUAUGACAAAAUAAACAAUAUUUUGGAAAUUCUAGAAGACUAAAUUAAUUAAAAAAAUCUAAGAAUAGACAAUUAAUGUACUGAUAUUCUCAUUAAUACCGAAAUUGAGAUCGAUGAGCCUAGAUUUGGAUUAGUCCUCUAUAAUAUAUUGAGCAAUAGUGUAAAAUAUACUAGACCAAACGAUCAAAUAAUUAUUCGAGCAAAAUUAGUAAGAUAUCAUGAAAUGGUUUUAGAAAAAGAAGCUAUAAGAUAAUAGUAAGAGUAUGGAAGCUCAGUUGUAACAAAUAGUGAUGCUUCUCUAUCAGUGGCAUCAACUGUGAAAGACCCUAUCAGAGAAUCAGCAGAAUACCUUAAAGUAACAAUUAGAGAUACUGGUCUUGGUAUGAAAGAUGAUGUAAUUAAAGGUUUGUUUGAACUUUUUGGAAAUUGUAAGAUGAGCAAUAACGUAAAUUAGUAAGGAAUCGGACUUGGAUUAACAGUUUCAAAUCAAAUUUGUAAAUAACUAGGCGGUAGUCUCUUCAUUGAAUCAUCAGAACCAAAAAAGGGUUCGAAAUUCACAUUCUACAUACCUAUCCAACUAUACAAUCAUUUGCAGUCAUCGUUCAGCAAUUUUAACAAAAUAAAUUCAUUCAGAUCAAACAGCGGAAGUAUACCAAUGAGUAUUAAUAGUGGGUACUUUAAUUCGAGAUAAGAAUCUAAAAUAAUACAUCGACAAAAUCUAAGUUCAUAGGUUUUUAACACUGAGCCAUCAUAUAAAAAUUAGCAAACUUAUCCAUUUAAACCUGCAAAGAAGAAGUCAAACAAAAGUUAAUUCUGCAAGUUAGAAGUAGAUUAUGACAAUAUAGAGUCAGAUGAUUCAUUAGAAAAUUAGGCAUUACAAGAAUCUAUUUUAGUAAACCUGGAAAGUGAUGAGGAAGAAAACAAAACUUAGUAAGAUGAACUUUUCUUUCCUGAUUCUCCACUUGUCAAAGGAAAAUCAUUUGAAAACUAUAAUACUCAAAAACUGCCAAAUUAAAGUUCAUUAGUAUUGUAAUAGUUAGAGGAUAACAUUGAAGUGUUAAUAGUUGAUGAUACAAAUUUCAACUUGGAAGUGCUGUAAAUGAUGCUUUAGUCUUAAUUUAACCUCAUGAGUGAAAUAGCGUUUUCAGGCGAAGAAGCACUUUAGAAAAUAUAGGAGAGAGUUUUCAAUAAUAACUUGCCCUGCUACAAACUUAUAAUAAUGGAUAUCAAUAUGCCAGGGAUGGACGGAGUUACUUGCACCUAAUAAAUAAGAAAAUUUCUAUUAGAAAGCUAUGAAAAUUUGGAAGAUCCAUACAUUGUAGCUCAUACUGCUAUUACUUAAGAUUAAUUUGGUGACUAUAGGAGUAAAGGUUUCGACGAUUUCUUAUGUAAGCCAGUCUUUUACACCAAGCUAGAAUAAAUAGUAAAUGUCUCACUCUAUCAAAAUAGUGGUAGCAAACAUUACAGAUCGUGA